CCACACCCCCAAAGUAAUCUUAUUUUUCCAUCUUAAACCGUGUGGACCCUCCAAAAUUAUUCUCCAUCCCUGCCCCUCUAUAUAACCUCCCAAGCGUUCAGAAGCAUUACCAAGCUCAUAGGAAUCUAACAAAUUAAUUAUAACACUUUAGAAUUGAACAAGAAUCUUCGAGGGAUCCAGUACUUCAUGGAGAAGAAAGGUGGCGUCCAACUCGACCUCCCGGGGUUCCGGUUCCACCCGACGGAGGAGGAGCUCAUCGACUUCUACCUCCGCCGCGUCGUCCACGGGAAGAAGCUCAAUUUCGACAUCAUCGGCACGCUUAAUCUCUACCGAUACGACCCCUGCGAGUUGCCCGGGAUGGCGAAGAUAGGGGAGAGGGAGUGGUACUUCUUCGUGCCGAGGGAUCGGAGGAGCGCGAACGGGGGGCGGCCGAACCGGACGACGGAGCGGGGGUUCUGGAAGGCGACCGGGUCGGACAGGCCGGUCCGGAGCGCGGCUGACCCGAAGCGGCUCAUCGGACUCAAGAAGACGUUGGUGUUCUAUCAAGGCAGGGCCCCGCGGGGUAUGAAGACUGACUGGGUCAUGAACGAGUACCGUCUUCCCGACGAUUAUACGACGACGACAGGCACCAUUCCCAAAGAGGAUAUAGUGCUAUGCAAGAUAUAUCGAAAGGCGACAUCACUUAAAGAGCUGGAGCAAAGGGCUGCGAUGGAGGAGGAGCAAAGAGCAACCGCGGAGGAAGGCGCGACGCAGUUGCAAUUGUGCUUCGACGUCGGAGACACUUUGUCGUGCGACGGUCACGAAAACUUCCCGAUAUCCUCGACCCCGCCGGAGGAAAUCAACACAAAGGAAAUGAUGAAUGAGGGGAUGAAAAGGGAGGUCGAAGUCACUUCCGCGUCGUCGCCGAAGCAAUCGGUGUACCUCCCGGAGAUUCAGGUUCCGAGCUACAGCUUGGAGUGGAUGCAAGACCCUUUGUUGGCCCAGCUACGUAGCCCGUGGUUAGAUCAUUGGUCGCCUUAUGCGAAUAUGCUUAACUUUCAAUUUGCUGAUUAACUACAGUGCAAAAAGAAAGCUUAUUAAGCUCUUUCUCAAAAGAAUGUAGAUCGAGCGCAUGCUGAUCUUUGUUUCUUUUUUUUUUUCCCUUCAAUUUUUGAGACAACUUUGUAGUUUGUGUAUAGUAAUGUAAUGGCAGGUUUUAUGUUAAAUUUGCUCGAGGUUUGGAAUCUAAAA